AUAGGAAAGACCAGACAUUGUUCAUUUAACUGUUGUAAUGGUGAUAAUCAGUGGUGUGGAAUAUGAACGUAUCAUUGUCGGUCGCUCUUUGAGAUACAAUCCAGGCGAUUUUUCUAUCACGCUCAGUAAUUUAAUUGGUUAUAAAGGAGAGGAGAUUCAAUUUGAAUGGUCAAAUCAUAAUGUAACGAUAAUAGGAUGGGCUCAAAGAAACCGGACCUGGUUUGAGGCCUGUAUACACCUGCCACACAACAUCAUUACAAUGGGUGUCAUCGAAACAAAGUUUGACGAUGAACGAGGUAUCCUUUACAUCAAGUUAUCAAAACAUGCGAUUGACAAAAUUGAUCCCGCAACAACCGUAUCGGUUCAAGAACUACUUGACAGGCAAACCCCAUCGUCAAGCGGCGGCGGAAGAAAAGAUUCAUCACAAAACAACCAUACAAAGGGCGGCGGCGCAACAAAAAAGCGCAUAAAAGAGGCAGAGCUUACAUGGCAGGAAGAUGACGAAAGAUCAUCGUCAUGGCGGGUCUUUGAGAAUCUGAAAAUGGGUUUGAAGAUUAUUUUAGUCGUUAUCGUGACUCUUGGUUUAUUUAGACUGAUUGAAAUACAAAAAAGAAUCAAUCAGUAAUUUAAACAAAUCCUCAGUCGUUUAAAUUGCAAGCAUAUUAAAAAAAUAAAAAUAUUAUAUUACGGAGUAUGUUUCGUUUUUUGUUUUUAUCCUCCAAACAAUGAAUAACUUGUACGUGCGCAAACAUGAAUG